AUUAACGCCCCCUUCUCUCUCUUUCUUCUUUUGCUUUAUAGAGUUUAUAGAGAGAGAACAGAGAAAGGGGAGACAAAACGCAGCGUUUGCUUUCAGAGAUCAGUCGGUCGGAAAGCGGCUUCCUUUUCUAUUUUUUUUUUGGUUGCCUAGAGAAUUUGUUCGUUUCUUUUUUACUUCUCUCCGACAAAAACCCACGAGGAGAAAGAGAGAAACAAAGACAAUAGAAUCCGUCCGUCUAUGGAAGACUCUGUUAUCGACGAAACUGAGGUUUACGCGGUGGAGAAGAGCACACCCGAGACAGAGAAGAGUGAGAAACUGGAGCCGGAGAAGGAACUUCAUAACGGACUGAGUCAACUCAGAGACGAUGAAUCACUUGGGACUAUCGGUGAGGAUAUGGAAGAUUUACAUCAUGAGGCUGUACGAGAAACCCUAGACAAGGAUCAGGUUGAAGGUGUUCGUGAAAAUUCUUCUGUGGAACCUAAUGGUGAAGAUUUAGUAGUAGUUAAGGAGACGGAUUGCGCCAAGGAAACCGUAGUAAGUACGAUUGUGCCGGUUGAGGAAGUAGAAGAAAACCUUGAGGUAGAAAUAUCUCCUUGUCUGACUGCAUCUUCAGAUUCGAUUACGGUGAAGCCUUCUCUAUCUUCGGAUCCAACAACAGCUUCAGCUGCACAAGGUUUAUCACUGGUUUCAGUUCCAGCUAAACAGGAGCAAAGAUCUGAUUCUCUGGUGGUUAACAGAUUAUCAGUUUCUCCUGUUCCGAGGACACCGGCUCGUGAUGGUUACAAUUGGAGAAAAUAUGGACAGAAGCAGGUUAAGAGUCCCAAGGGCUCACGGAGCUACUACAGGUGUACGUAUUCUGAAUGUUUUGCUAAAAAAAUUGAAUGCUCCAAUGAUUCAGGCAAAGUGGUAGAGAUUGUUAACAAAGGUUUGCAUAGUCAUGAACCUCCCAGGAAGAAUAGCUUUUCCUCGAGAGAAAUUAGAGCUGCAUCAGCAAUACGACCUGUUUCAAAGGAUAAUACAGUAGUAGAAGAGCUAACAAUAGUACCUAGUGGUUCAGAUCCGGCUGCUUCUGCUAAAGAGAACAUCUGUGAGUCGCAACCAUUCAUUGAACGGAAGAGACAUUGUGAGAACGAAGCGGUGGACGAACCAGAGCCAAAACGAAGACUGAAAAAAGAAAACUCACAAAGUUCAGAUUCUGUCUCCAAACCUGGCAAGAAAAAUAAAUUCGUAGUACAUGCAGCUGGUGAUGUUGGGAUCUGUGGUGAUGGAUACAGAUGGCGUAAAUAUGGGCAGAAAAUGGUGAAAGGAAAUCCUCAUCCAAGGAACUACUACCGAUGUACUUCUGCGGGAUGUCCUGUUCGUAAACACAUUGAGACAGCAGUAGAGAACAAGACAGCUGUAAUAAUCACAUACAAAGGAGUACACAACCACGACAUGCCGGUGCCUAAGAAACGCCAUGGCCCUCCUAGCUCAAUGCUUGUUGCUGCAGCCGCUCCAACAUCAAUGAGAACCAGGACAGACGAUCAGGUAAACAUUCCCACUUCAAGCCAGCGCAAAAGCGAGAAGCAGAGCAAUGAAGCAGUAGAUGUUGGUGGCGAGAAAGUGAUGGAAUCAGCUCGGACUUUGUUAAGCAUUGGAUUCGAAAUCAAGCAAUGCUGAUUAUAUGUAAUUUUAUGAGUUUAGAGAGUUCAUAGACUCAAUUUUUCGCCUACUUGUUCUUGUUAUAUAAAAAUAAACACACCAUGACGAUAACCAUAAGUAUUAGUAGUGGUUUGGUUGAAAUAAUGUUCAAUUAUCAAGUAAAAUACGUUGACAUGUC